CCCAUAUAGGAGCCGACCCAAACAAAGCCUGUUUCCAGCCGACUCAUUUUAUGCAUUCCUAAAACUAAUGCCUCUGCAAAAGCUGCCUCUCUCUCUCAUCUCUCUCUCUAACCCCUCUAUAAUAUAAACCCUCUCAGCCCCCAGCAUUUGCCAACACUUCUCUUUCUGCACACAGACAUAGCAUAGAUGGCUACGGACACGGCUGAGAGGAAGGCUGCGAGGUCGGGGCAGGCGCCGCCGCCGGAGCCGGAGCACCUCCCCUGCCCGCGCUGCUCCUCCACCAACACCAAGUUCUGCUACUACAACAACUACAACUUCUCGCAGCCGCGCCACUUCUGCAAGGCCUGCCGCCGCUACUGGACCCACGGCGGCACCCUCCGCGACAUCCCCGUCGGCGGCGGCAGCCGCAAGAACGCCAAGCGCUCCCGCUCCUCCGCCGCCGCCGCCGGCGGCGGCGCGUUCUCCCCGCCGCCGCACCACGAUUUCCGCGGCUUCCCCGGCGGCGCCUCGCAGCUGCUCGUCCCCUUCGCCGCCGAUCACGGCGGCGCGGGGGCGUUCUCCGGCGACGCGAAGAUGUGCGGGAGCUUCACGUCGCUGCUGAACACGCAGGGGGCCGGGCUGUGGGCCCUGGGCGGGUUCGGGCUCGGGCUCGGGCACGGGUUUGAGGAGGUCGGGUUCGGGCUGGGGCGGGCCGUGUGGCCGUUUCCUGGGGUGGUUGAAGGCGGGCCCGCGAGUGGGGGCGGCGGCGGGGGUGGGGGGGCGAGCGUGGCGGGGAACACGUGGCAGCUUGAGAGUGGGGAGAGUGGAUAUAGCAACGGCGACUGUUUUGCUUUGCCCGAUCUUGCUAUUUCCACGCCGGGGGGGAAUUUUAUGAAAUGAGAUCAAUUUAUUUUAUUUAUUUGUGCUUUUGUAUUUAGGAAACUGAAGUUACGAGGCAGCACAUGCAUAUGAUAUGAGAGGGAAAUUGAAGGAGGUUUAAUUAUGGCAUAGAUUUUUUUUUUUUUUUUGCAGUUUUUUUAUGAAUGCUGAUUGCCAUAGGGGUUUUGUUUUGCUUGUUUUUUUGGGCAAUCAUCUUGUUUUCAGACCAAACUUAUGUUGUACUUAACUUGCUAGAUGACUCCCAAUGAAUGUUCAAACUUUUUUUUUU